AUCUGCUCCCACUCGUUCCCCGCUAAAGUCUGUGCUUGUAGUCCAUUCCAAUGGCCCUAACAGAAUCGUUCUAUCCGAACAUCUCUUCCCCAUUGCUAGCAGAUUCUGACGCAGCUCUCCUAGACGUUCUCACCAGCCCUCGAUGGCAAGGUGUACAGAAAUUCUCGAGAAGGGAUGCUGCUUUAGACCCAUUAUUGCUUGCUGUAGCAGCGUCUGCAGGCGCACGCACCACUCGCAAUCACUAUCAGCAUGAUUUCUUUCCGGGUGCCCCAGCCGAGAGCAUCGGGCGAGGGAAGCGGGCUGCAGAGGACACAAAUAAGCCCCAGGAACGCAAGCGCAUGUCAUAUGUGAGCAGGCAAGGCCCUCGAAGGCUACGCUUGCAGCCCGCCGUUUCUCCGCAUCCAGCUACAACUUCUGAAAUCAUCUCGCUGGAUGGACCAUCGCCCACAUCCUCCAUAGAAGUAAAAUGCAUGGCUCGCACCCGUAUACCCACGCCGCAUGGUCCAGUCUUCUUACACCUCUAUCAUAAUAAUCGCGACAACAAGGAACAUCUUGCCAUCGUCGUAGACCCGGCACAGUACUCCGACAAUGAUUCGGUUCUAGCGCCGUCAAUCCGCAGCCGUUCUCUAGACGCUGUUUGGAGUGAUGACGAAACAGACAUGGACCGUAUCAUACGCGGCGCAUAUGUAGGAAAACUAUCUGCUACAUCCCAACACCCCUCUCGUCCUUCAUCACAUCAACCACCUAUCACGACCUCCAUUCCGUCUCCCCUUGUUCGCAUUCAUUCCGAGUGUUUCACUGGUGAAACAAUAGGGAGCAUGCGCUGCGACUGUGGCGAACAGCUGGACGAAGCUAUUCGGCUCAUUUCUCAACCAACACCUCUUCCCGAAAAUGCAUCAUCUAAUUCAAGGACGAUGCCUGGCCGGGGUGCUAUAAUUUAUUUGAAACAGGAAGGCCGUGGAAUUGGCCUUCUGUCCAAAAUUCGCGCCUAUAAUUUGCAGGACUUAGGCCACGACACGGUCACAGCCAAUUUGAUGCUCGGGCAUCGGGCUGAUGAACGUGGGUACGAAAUUGCGGUCGCCAUCUUGCGUGACCUUGGGCUUGGUUCAGAGCUUGCCGAGGGUGUUCGGCUAUUGACGAAUAACCCAGACAAAGUUCAGGCUAUUGAGAAGGAGGGUCUGAGAGUUGUAGAGCGGGUGCCGAUGGUGCCUAGAAGUUGGAGACAUCGCUCUCACCCUGAAGCAGUCGCGGGAGAUGUUGAACUGGAUGCAGGUAAAGCCGCAGGUGUAACGAUGAUUGGCGGAGAGGCAGUUAGAGGGGAGGACUUGGAUAAGUACCUUCGCACCAAGAUCCUCCGCAUGGGGCAUAUGUUGCCGCUCUACUUGGCAGGCGGGCAAGCCGCGUCAUGACGCUAAUCCACGUCGCUCCCUCCGCACAGAUAAUAUAUAGGAGAUUCAACACGACUAUCAUUAUCAUCUAUUUACCCCAUCUCCUUCUUACUGUCCUUAGAUGGAAUGUACUCAUAAUUGUAUUGAUCUGCUAUGAAUUCGACGACGACUUCAUUUUUGGCGUUUG